AUGGCUUCUGAGAGCGGGGCCGACGUUCCGGUCCCCGGCGAGACCGAUCCCUGGCAAACCCAGGACCCAUGGGCGAGAUGGCGUGCAGAGGCAGCCGAGACGAACAACGAUGCAUCGACGACACCGACCGAUGAGACGACAGCUGAAACGAGCGACGACCACCUCAACGGGAACACUGUGGACAACAGUGGCUGGGAAAACCGCUCUGGACCCGGCGGGGGAACGCCUGGUCCCUACGAGCGACCGAGGUGGUCAGACGCAGCCUGGCGCGAAUGGUUACAGGGCACCUGGAAGCCGGAGCUCGGUGGGCAGGUGGAUGGCAACACCGGCCCAGAAGGCCGGAGGGCUUCUACGACUUCGGCAGAUUCCAAUGGGGCUACCGGCGCCACUACGACAAGGCAACCACCGAAGAAGUGGUGGGAAGGCGGGACUGAGUGGAACCGCGAGCAGUGGCAUGGCACAUCGUGGACCUGGGCGGCGGAUCCUGGGGCGGCCAGUACUUCUACCUCGGCCCCGACGAGCACACCGGCUAACCGAUUCAGCGCGGCGCCUACGGCAUGGACGAGCGCGAGACCUACCGAUGGUGGAGGGCGGCCUGCCGGCGGCCCUGAAGGCGGAGGCGGCAAGGGGCCGUCCGAGAAGUUGAUCAUCCCGUCGUUCAGCGGCGACGGGGAGGGCACGGAGCUUGGAACAAGUGCUCGCAGCUACCUUCGCCAGAUCGACGCCUGGGAACGCAUGACGAAGCUGGCGCCCAGCCAAAGGGCACUCGUCCUCUACCAGCACCUGGAGGGCGCGGCAUGGAUCAACGCCGAGGCGCUGAGCAUGGAAGCGCUAAGCUCGGCCGACGGCGUGGGUUACCUACGACAGUGGGUUCAGCAGCACUACUUGGACGUGGAGGUGACGUCGGUUGGACGGUCGCUUUCGGAUUUGUUCCGAAAGCUGAAGCGGAGGUACAACCAAAGUUUCCGGGACUACACGGCCGAGUUCAACCGUCUGCUGGCGAGGGUCGUGGAGUGCGGGUGCAAGCUGCCGGACGUGGCCACGGCGUGGUUGUACGUGGACAGGGCCAGUCUUGACGAGGCCACCGAAGUGAGCCUCCUCGCGAGCGUCGGGAAGAAGUACCAGUUGCUACAGCUCCAGCAGGCGGCGAUCAUAUUGGACAGGUCCAUGCGAAAGCCGUGGGAGAAAAGCGGGAAACCCGACGGCACACGGCGGCCGCCAACCGUGCACCACACCGAGGAUGCCGAGAACAAUGACGAGCCGGAGUCCGACGAGGAGCCGCCGACGGAGGACGUGCAGGGCGAGGACGGGGAAGGCCUUUACAUCGCCUAUAUGACUGCUAAGGCCCGCUACAAGGACACCACGCGGGCCAGAGGGAUCGACAUUGAUGCUGUGAAGAAGACGGCCGAGGAGCGGAUCAAGGCGGCAAAGGCGAGGAGCUACUGCUCGGUUUGCCAUCAGAAGGGGCACUGGCACCGAGAUGCUUGUUGCCCAAAACGGAAAACCGAGGUGCAGACCGUGAAUGUUGCCCACGAGCUUGACAGCCUACGCCCGGCCGCCUCUCUGGGACUCCAGGCCAUCACCGAUUCUGCUUGCUCCAAGUCGGUGGUGGGCACUACGUGGCUACAGGGCUACCUCAACAUGGUGAGGAACCAAGGCAAGAUCCCCGAGCUGAUCUCCGAGCGCGAGGCCUUCCGCUUUGGGGCGAGCCGGGUCUACGAGUCCACGUAUGCCACCGUGAUCCUGUUCUACCUGGGAAAUUCCUGGGUCGCCGUCAAGGCGGCGGUGAUUCAUGGGGACAUUCCCCUUUUGUUCUCGAAGCCCUGCUUGGCGAAGCUCGGGAUGGUGAUGGACCUUGAGCACAACACGGCUGACUUCCGGAAGCUCGACAUCACUGGACUGCAGUUGCUCACGACCCCCACCGGUCACCCUGCCGUAGCUGUGUGCCACAAGGGCAAGAACCUUCCCGAUCCGAGCGCCCUGCCAAAGGUUUGGGGGCCGGACGGCACUGAGAUCAUCGCCGAGGCCGCUCAGGUAUACAUGACUGUUGUUGCAGGACAGGGUCAGGGAGAAGGGCUAGGGUCGGGAGUACAUCAGAUCUUCUACGAGAAGAAGGUAGAUGAGGCUGCUAGGGCAAUGCUCAUCGGUGACCAUCUUUGCCAUGCGACUUUUCUUCAGUGGUGGAGUAGCUGCCCGAUCUCAAACGACUUCUGGAUUGAGACCCCCGACAAGCUAGUCCGAGUUCACGUCACCCCAAGGAAGCACUACUUUGACCCCGAUAAGUGGAAGACCCAAAGUACUUUGCAGCGUGAUCUACUACAACAGGCCCUUGGAAGCAUUCGCGAAACAUGGGGUAUUGCAUGCAGCAGUCAACGUCCGCUUAGCACCGUUUGUCACUUAGCGACUGCGGCAGCUACCCAACUCUAUGGAUCGGCCGCAGUGUCUUCAAUCGAGACCGACCCAACGGCCUGUCCCUUCGCACACCUCGUGAUGAGCAACGGCAAGGCGACAUGGACCAUGAACAAGACGCAGCUGUUGGCCGAGUGCAGUCAAAGGAGCCUGGCAGUGGACCCGAAGUGGACGGUGACCGAGUUGCGCCACGUUCUGGCCGGGGACACCAAGCACUACCACUACCGCGAGCCGCCGUCGGGGGUGCCGAAGAGCAUCUCGAAGAUGACCCGCGAGGAGCUGGUGCUGGAGGCGGAGAAGCUGGGCAUCGAAGUGGGAAGCAAGGACCCGAAGGGUGCCAUCAUGAUGCGGAUCAGAGACCAUGCGGCGCCGGACACCACGAUGAUGACGAUCGGCCGCUUCCGCGGCGAGUCCUUCGUGAAUAUCCCGGACAGCUACGGGGACUGGGCGUCGGAGGAGGAACGGAUCAACGGCGACAACAUGCAUCCGGAGAUGAAGCGAUAUGUUACAUGGCGUCGCAACCACAAGGCGAAGAAGACCUCCGCGGGGUACACCAACAAGAACAAGGCCCGGAGCUACCUCGACGUGGAAGCGAGCGCACUCAUUCCCCCGCCGCCGAUCAGCGAGACCGGGGCAUCAUCUUCGGCAAUGUGGGACGUGGUGGAAGGGAUGAGCGUACCGCCAGCAACCGCCGCCAAGGCGGCGCCGAGACCGAUGAGGAGGCCACUCGAGGACGACAAGAACGCCCAAAGGAUGGAAAGGGAUGCUUGCAUGCCUCCGCGACGCGGCCGGCAUGAGCCCCGGCCCAGGGCAGUGAACUACACCGAGAAGGAAACGAUCAUCCCAGAGAACGACAAGGACUUCUACCCCGAGAACCCGGUCCACGACACCAUGGAGGCAGAGGAUGGCCCCCGCGAGACGGGGCCCGACUUCGCUGUAGAGGAGACGAUCAUCCCAGAGAACAACGAGGACUUCUACCCCGAGAACCUGGUCCCUGGUGUUAGCAACGAAGCCAACAGUCAAGAAUACGAGUCGUGCGAGUCAUCUCAGUCAGCUGUGGCACAGGAGGCCCUCUAUACCAAAAACGAUGCACAGGAAGGCCUCGACACCGAGUUCGGCUUCAAGAACGACGUCACCGGCGGCGAGGAGUUGGCGAGGCGAGCACUACGAGAGGAGCGCUUUGGGAAUGAAGACCUCGAGGAGAUUCUGGACGCUUGCGGGUUCGGUCACAAGCGAGACCGGCCCGGUGUGCACACCCAAGGCGUGGAGGAGCGAUGUGUCCUGGGCUACUACGCGUUCGGGAAGUUCCAUGGCGUCACCAAGCGCAGCGGGGGUUGGAGUUAUCUCACGAGGUACAUCAACCGAUUCCUACAAGUUCGGUGCGGAACUACGAGCUCUACGUGGACGUCCCUGUCAAUCUGCUUGAACGCCCCGGCCGGAAUCCACACCGACCGGAACAACCUACCGGGAAGCUUCAACGUGAUGUGGACUGGCGGUGAACACCGAGGCGGAGGACUCUGGAUCGCGGACAAGGCGGGCACCGAGACCAGGCGCGAUGCCAACGGGGAGUACGUGACGGGCAAGGUCAUCGAGACGAAGGGGAGGAUCACCUCCUUUGACCCGAAGUGCAAGCAUGCCAGCGAACCCUGGGCGGGCCGCCGUUGGAGCGUCGUAGGCUACGUGGCCCGGAGCUUUCCCUACGCGUCCAAGGUUUUCAAGCGUGUGCUCUCAAAGCUCGACUUCCCGGUCCCCACGGCUCCCGAAUGCCAGCAACCACCAACGAGAGAGCGUUUCGAGGAGACCGAGAAGGAGCGUCCAACGAGGACUCUGGAAGAGUGCGGCUGCAAUUUCGAUGAUGAUGACCACCGCACUGGCCACGAUGACUUCGUUCGCGAUGGAGUCGCUAUUCUUGAGGUUGGCGAUGUGACCGCCACCUGCUACGCGGCCGGGAUCUGCCCAGAGGGCGUGGGCGUUGCUGAUCCCCUCCUGUACACCGACCUGGACUAUGUCGACAAGCUCGUCGAGUGCAACUUCGGGCCGAUCGAAGUGAGCACGAUCAAGCACGAGCCCGGGGAACUUUGGCUACACGUCACGAGGGACUGGUUGGCCGCAGACAUCAAAGAAGAUGCCGAACAGGCAAUGGACCGACAACUCCGUGACGGUCGCAGCGUGGUCCUACAAAGGGGUGCCAGCGAUAUCGGCCUUUGGGAAGAUGCUACGUCCGGCUGGGAGGACGCCGGGUACGUGGUCGACUACGACAUCGACCACAACGGCAACGAGCCCUACGUGAUCUACGCCGCCGACGCCGUUGGAGGAGAGGACAAGGCCGCGCCGGACCGGGACGGAGCACGAAGCAUCCGUUUUCCACCGAGCGUGCCGAAGCACAUAGCCGCCAGCCUUCGACGACUACACCAGAACCUGGGACACCCAAGCACUACGGACUUCACCCGUCACCUACGUUUGGCAGGAGCAGGUCGAGACGUACUCAAAGCUGCACGCUCGCUGGAAUGCCAAACUUGUGCUCGAACGAAGGCUACAGCCAUCGCCAAGCCGGCGAAGAUCGGGAGUUGCCUGCGAUUCAACGAGGUGGUCGGUGUGGACCUCUUCUACGUUCACGAUGUGGAGGACAACCGGCACGAGCUGCUCUCGAUCGUCGACUACUCCUCGGCCUACCAAGUCGUGAUCCCCGUCGCCCGGAAGGACACGCCACACCUUGAGCGAGCGUUUUGCGAAGGAUGGGCCAAUAUAUUUGGGGCUCCGGAAGUUGUGACGGUGGACCUGGAGAACGGCCUGCAGAAGGCGCUCGCCAAAGUCGGCGAUUGGACCGGCAUGCGGAUUAAAUCUGCAGCCGGACAGGCCCAUUGGCAGGCCGGUUUUGUGGAGCGGCACGGUGGGAUCUGGAAAUCAAUGUUCAAUCGGGUGAACGAGGAGAAGUCCGUCGUCAAGGGCGAGAUCCACCUGGCCACGACGGCGGUGUCCAACGCGAAGAACAACCUCACCCGAUCCGGAGGCUACAGUCCACAGCAGCACGUGUUCGGGACGACGCCCAGGAUACCAGAAGAUCUACUAGAGGGACCACAUGCCCGUGGAGCCGACGACGGUCCCGUCAUCGACGAGAAGCACGCCCGGGAGGUCGCCAUCCGGACGAGCGCCCGCAUCGCCUACCACCACGUGCAGACCGACGAGAGGGUGAGGAGAGCGCUAGCCGGAAGGGCCCGAGUCCAGGUCCGCCGACCCGCGACAGGAGAGCAGGUCUACCACUUCCGGAAGACCAAGAAUGCUAAGCGCGGCAUGUGGGUUGGACCCGGCACCGUGAUCGGCGAGGAGGGCACUAACAUAUGGGUGUCAAAGGGCGGGCGAUGCGUACUGUGCGCAGAAGAACACGUGAGACUCGCGACACCGGAGGAGCUGGGCCAGGCGUUCAGCCUACGUGUUGCCCGGGAAGAUCUCGAACGGCUACUUGGAGGCGACCCAGAGGACGAGGAGAUGUACGGGGACGACGAGGGCGACGCCGCGGAGGACGGCGGAGCGGACCUACCGAGCGACCUCGACGAUAUCCUCGACGAGAUGAGCUGGCCCGACGAGGUCGCCUACGACAUGGAUGUUGAGGACGGCGAAGGCAGAGGAGUGAGGCGAGGUCUUGAGGGGCCACCCCCUCCUGUGUUUCGGCGGAAAAGACAGAAGGGCCCGCCAAGCUCACCGGGGGCGCCCUCAGCACCCCAAUCCGUCCACAUGCUCAAGAAGGCGAAGACCGAACGCUCUAAGGCGAAACAACUCGAGAAGGAGAUCCCGCGGUCCCAGAUUCCCGACGAGGUCCGGCCCCUGUUCAUCGAGGCAGAGCGCAAACAGUGGAACGAGCACCUAGAGCACAAGGCCCUGGAGAUCAUGGACGUCCAGAGCAGCUUGAGGACCCGAGCCGAGGUCCCGAAGGAGCGUAUACUACUGUCGAGGUACGCAUACCGCGACAAAGCCAUGGGCAAACGAAAAGCAUGCCCGGAGACACCAUGGCGCGCCAAGGCACGACUGGUUGUAGGAGGGCAUCUCGACCCAGACCUUGGCGGUGGCCUCACGACAGACAGCCCCACCAUCAACCGGUCUUCACUGAUCGUGCUGCUUCAGUUGGCGGCGUCUCUACGAUGGGAGCUGUCCGCCGGCGACAUCCAGGCGGCGUUCCUGAACGGCCUGGAGAUACAGCGGGAGUUGUUCAUGGAGCAACCACGAGGCGGGGUCGAGGGACUCGACCCAAGGCAACUACCACGGAUCCGGAAGGGGAUAUUCGGACUCGUCGAAUCGCCUCGGAUGUGGUACGAUCGCUUGGAUCAGGUGCUCACAGAGGAGAUCUUCGUCAUCGACGGCGUUCACCACCGACUACGUCCUUGCCCACUCGACCCGUGCGUGUACCUGCUGCAAGCCGAAGGCGAGCUCCGACCGCGGGCCUACAUCGGGAUCCACGUGGACGACCUGAUCAUCCUGGCACCCCGCGAAGUACGACUGGCACUGCAAGAGAAGAUCAGUGCCCUCUUCCCAGUCGACAGCUGGGAAAGCGAGGAGUUCGACUACAUCGGCUCGAGGAUCACCGUUAAGGACGGCACCGUGGUGGUGAACCAAGCGGCUUUCGUGGAGGGGCGACUCUUCACCAUAGAGGUCCCUAAGAACCAAGAGGGGGACCAGCCGGCCGCCGAGGAACAGAUGAUCGACAACAAGUCCCUAAUAGGAGCACUAUCAUGGUUGGCGAGCCAGUCCAGGCCCGACUUGUUAUGUCCGGUCGCUCUUGCACAGCAACUCCAGAGGGCGCCGACCACCGACGACGUCCGCUUCACCAACACCACUGCCCUCCGCGCGGAGGCCCAUAAGGACAAAGGCCUCACGCUGCACCCCAUCGACCUGAGCAGGGCAGUCAUCGUGGUUUACCACGAUGCCGCGUGGGCCAACGCCGAGCAUGAGGAGGCCGAACCUGGGUUCGAGCUCACUGCGGAGGAGAUCCAGAGUGGGAACAUCGGCGCAGGCCUCUACAGCGAUAAGAGACCUCGACUACCGAAGCGGGCGAGAUCGAAACUGGCGUCCCAGCUCGGUCACCUGGUGUGCUUCUGCGACCGCGACAUCGCCAACGGAGCACGGGUCCCCGUUGGGAUUCUGGAGUGGCGGAGCAACGCCUCGAAGAGGGUGUGCCGGAGCACAUUCGGCGCCGAGACAAUGUCGGCAGUGGAGGCGCUAGAGGCAGCACAGUACCUACGAGCCCUCAUGGCCACUUUGGUGAGCGGCCGCCUGGUGAAACACGAACAGGCUGCUGAGUUCUGCCCGAUCCUGGCGCCCGCCGACUGCAAGUCCCUUCACGACUUUCUCCACCGAGCCGGACAGCCGAGACUCCCCUCCGACCGUCGGUUAGCCAUCGACCUGGCAGCCUUACGUCAGGACCUACGUGCCGAAGUUCCAGCCGGAGUCUCACGACAGAAAGGAAUACCCUUCAGGUGGAUCCCCACCACUCUGCAGAUGGCCGACGUGCUCACCAAGCCCCGUCGGGGCGACGAGUGGUGGUCAAUGCUUGACGAGGGGAUACAGCUUCCUUUCGCUGACGGAACCUUGAACCUCCGAAAGAGAGGUGAGGAUUUUAAACCAGUGUAA